UGGACGACGCAGGUCCUGAGGUUUAAACAUUAGGACAGUGACACAGCCGUGACCAGACAACUCUGAGCAGAAAGGAGGACGAAGAAGAGGACGAGAAGCAGAGUAGCUGCUAUUAGACGUUGGUGACCAGACCGAUGGAGUAUUUCUCUGGAGAUACAGAAGGAAGCACCGAGGACAUUACAGGACGUAAAAAGUCCAAACUCAAGUCUCUGAAAAAUCGUAUCUUCGGGAAGAGUAAGAGAGGACAUGGAGAGGGAGACGCCAAACUCAGCCAGUCCGCCAGUGACAUUACUGCAGAAAAGGGACCAGGAUCCGAGGAAGAUUUGCCAUGCUCCCAGGGGAUGAUGGGAUCACGGGCAUUGUCCGCUGACAGCAUCUUUCUGGCUGAUCAGGUCCUGACAGACACUGAACCAGCUAGGGUCUUAUCCCAGGAGAAUGUCCAAAGCAAAAUCAAAGCUCUGCAGAUUAAGCUUCAAGCGCAGAAGAUGCAUUUGGGCCCGCCGCCUCUGGUUCUGCCAGUCAGACGUGCAGAGGACCUUGGAAGUCGACUCGAGGAUGACGGUCUUCACCACAGCCUCCCCGAGAUCCCAGGAGCCCUCAGCAAGAACACAUCCCUGCCAUCGUCUCGUCCACUGUCGCCCAUCCUCAAACCUUCACCUAUCAAAUCUGUGCCCCUGACUCCAACCCUCCCUUUGACUCUUUCUGGCCCCUCCAAUUCCUCUCCCUCUGUUGUUGAGCCCCCGCUGGACUUCAGCUCUCCAGCCCAGUUCACCCCCUGCCUGGAUACCUCUGCUGCACGCCACAGGAUGUCUGUCAAGCCCAGAAACCAGAGAGCCAGCACCAAGAAGCCACUCGCUGCAAAUAACCCUGAACGAAGGUCUGACAUGCGCGCUCUAAACAACAUCAACCACCCUGAAUCUGUGAGAGAAGAAAAGCGGCGGCUUAGUGCUCAAGAGGAGCAGACAUUAGAAACAGAACAAGGAGGGCCUGUCAUUUCAAUUGCAUCUCAGCGUCUUCCUUCAAAACCCCCAGAGGUGACACCAAUUACAUCAGAGGCAGCGUACAAACCAUCCAGCCAAGCUGCUUCCCAACAGAACCAAGCUCUUCUCGGGAGAGUGCCCUGUGCACCCUCCCAGGUACUAAGAGUUAAGCCCCACAGACCACCAGGUGUAACACCAAGGGAACGACCACACUCAUCCUUUAUACAGUCAGAACUUAAGGACAACAGAGAAAAGGAUUUUGAUAUACAAGUAAUGUCCCUUGACAAGAGAAAUACUCUGAACAAAGCCGGAAUGACUUCUGACAUCUCCUGCGACCAGCCCUCCACUAACUUCAGGUCCACCUCUGUUCACCAGCAGGUUCAAAGUGAGACAGAAAGCACAAGAGGAAUAAUGAGAACCACCCAAGGAUCUGGGUCCUUCCAUCUCUCAAUCAACACUGCCAAAAACCGGGAUGGAGAAAGACCCCGAUCGGGCAGUUUUGUUGGAGUGCUGGAACACAUUGAAGCCAGACAAAAGUCAGUCUGGGGAACAGAGGAUAAACCGUCUUCAAGCACAAGGGAAAAGGAAGAACUAAGAGGGGGCCCCUUAGCUGUGGAAAGACUUAGACAAGAGGGAGCUCCACAUAAAAGCUCAGCGCCAUGUGACAGGAGGGACAGCCUCAAACAAGUGGAAUCAGUGACACCAACCUCUCACAAUGUGACCACAGAUACAGGUGCUGCAAAGGUGGAGGAGUUGGAGAGCAACCAGGAGGUGGUGGAGGAGGCAGUGGAAGCACGGGAGGUCGAGGACGAUGAAGGAAAGAAAGCGUUUGGUGUUAAACUGCGCUCCACAUCUCUGUCCAUGAAAUUUCGGACUGAUUCCUCUCCGAACCAUAGCUCUAAGCUACCAGUGUGUGAGGAGCAAUGUGACAAACUAAAAAGACAGGAAGUAGGAAACCUUCAAUUGAAAGGUGAGUCUCUGAUUAAAAAAAAAGAAAGAGUAUUUUCAGCAUUGUGUCUAACUAAACUGUUUCACUCCUUAGAUCCGACCCCAUCUGGCUUCUCCCUUCCAGUUAAGCAUAACACGCUACCAACCAGCAAUCCUCACACCAUGGCACCAGAAGUCAAAACAACCUCCUCAAACCUCAAAGAAGUUGAAACUGCCGUCCAGGAGCCCCAGCCUGCCCCCCAAACGGCCUCAGCCGAGGUGUCCUGGAUGAGCUUGGCAAUGGAAAAGACCAGAAGCCUCCAGCAGCUUUUUAGUAGUAGAUUUCCCAGAGACUUUACCGCUGUGCAGACAGAAGCUCGACCACAAGCACAAGUGCAGACAGAGACAUUGACAGCAGCUCAAGUACAGACACAGACUGUAAAACUACAACAAAGCACAACACCAAUAGAGGCUGCAAAUCAACCAUCGACUGAUGCAGUCAAAGCAGAAACAGUGCAAAGUAGAAUUCAAGCACAGACUGGCAAACCAUCAUUAAUGGCAGUGCAACAGAAGACGCCUCCUCUUCAGUCAAACACCUCCAGAGAACCACAAACGUUAAAACAAACCAGUGAACCUCCGUUUGCCUCACAGUCUGCGUCCCAUCCAGCUGUACAGACCUCUCCAUACAUUCCAUAUACUCUCCACUCUUCUACAAAAACAGAGACCUCAUCUCAGUUUGCACAAGGGAACGCCACACAGUCUCUUGCACAGUUUUACCUUUCCUCGGGCCAGCAGCAACCCCCCUGGAGCGGUCGAGGUCCUCACCCCGCCAACCAGCUCAAAUCAACGAACUCGGUUUCUACUACAACAUCUGUUUCAUCUCCUCCUCCCGUUUCAGCCUUGGGUAGAAGGGAAGGUGAAGCCACUAUGCAGGAAAAGGAAGGUGCAUCACUGUCAGGAAGGCGGGCAGUUCGGGCCGGGUCAGUAAGCGGGAAGGCCGCUUUUUUGGAGAAACGGGCAGAGUGGACCACUCCACCUGGAAGCAAGGGGAUGGAGUUGAAGAAAGCUCAAACAGAGGAGCAGAUAUCAGGUGAAUCCCCUGCCUCAGUCAAAACCAAGCCCCUAAGUAAAGACAUAAAACCAGAGGGACAACAAGGGGUAAAACGUGCAGAAUCAAGUCCAACCAAAGUUCCAGAAAGACCCCGGGAGGACAAAUGGCAAUCGAAAAAUGUGGCGUCAUCUUCAUUGCCCUCAUCGUCACCUAAAAUGCCAUCAGCGUUGCAGUCCAUGACUGACAGCGGCCAGCCGUCCUGGAUGGAACUGGCAAAAAGAAAGUCAAUGGCCUGGAGCGAUAAGUCCAUGGACUGAGAGGGAAACCAGACAGACAGAUGUUGUUGUAGAUACAAAAGUGAGACCAUGCCUGAAGACAAAAGGUGUUAUUGAGUCAGUCACUAAGAUACAGAGGCCGCUUUAUUGAGGCUGUUGUGCUUGUGCAAUGAAUUUCAUUCAGUUGUUAAGUGUUAAUGUUAUA